CCUCUUCUUCUUCUCCUUUGUCUAUGUUCAUGAUUGAGUUUCAUUUGAUGAACCCUUCUGGAGUUUCGCUUAUUUGGUGGUGGGAAUUUGAGAAUUUACUUGGGUUUCUUGUUUUUUUCCAUUUGGGAUUACUCUGAAACAGUUCAAGAAGCUUUUUUUUUUUUUUUUUUGCCUGGGCUAGUAUGGUUCUUGGUGACGCCCUUCUUGUUAUUAACGUCGAAUCAUUCUUUCUUUUAUUAACUGUUUGGAUACAAUUUUUGAACUGAUUUUUGCGAUUCUUGAUCAUCACCUGAAAAACGAAUGGGUUGUUGUUUACCUUUCGCGUAAAUCUUCACUGGAGUCAAAUUAGUGCAGUAUAAUGUUUUCGGUUUUGCUUUCUUCACUUGAAUAUGAUUUAGACGGUAGCAUUUCUCGCGUGAGUUCAAUUUGUUUUGAUCUUUGAAGAAUCUUUUUGGGGUAUAAAGUUUCUCUUUUAGUUCUUUCCGAGUUUGAGUUGUGUUCUUGUGAUGGCUUUUUUUUAGCGCUGAUAUUCUUGUGGGCGCUUGCAAUAAGAAAUUGAUGAAGUGAGAAGAGGACUAUCUUGAUCAGGCUGAGUAAAGAUUUUGAUCUUGGUUUCUAAUUGCAGUAAUUUUUUUCCCUUGCAAGUUCUUUUGGGACCAAGGUGAAGAGUUGGAAGAGAUGGGUGUAUAUCUUAGCACCCCGAAAACUGAUAAGUUUUCUGAAGAUGGUGAGAACAGAAGGCUUAAGUAUGGUCUAUCAUCCAUGCAAGGAUGGCGGGCGACGAUGGAAGAUGCUCAUGCAGCAAUUACCGAUCUUGAUGCUUCUACUUCCUUUUUUGGUGUUUAUGACGGUCAUGGAGGUAAAGUUGUUGCUAAAUUCUGCGCAAAAUACCUUCACAAACAAGUUCUCAAGCAUGAAGCAUAUGCGGCUGGUGAUAUAGGAACCUCUCUUCAGAAAGCUUUCUUCAGAAUGGAUGAAAUGAUGCGUGGCCAGCGCGGUUGGAGGGAAUUGGCGGUCUUGGGUGACAAAAUCAAUAAAUUUACUGGUAUGAUUGAGGGUUUGAUUUGGUCACCCAGAAGUAGUGAUGCUAACGAUCAGGUGGAUGAUUGGGCCUUCGAGGAGGGGCCACAUUCUGAUUUUUCUGGGCCAACAUCUGGGAGCACAGCAUGUGUUGCAAUUGUUAGGGAGAACAAACUUGUUGUUGCAAAUGCCGGCGAUUCGCGGUGUGUUAUAUCUCGUAAGGGUCAGGCAUAUAACCUUUCAAGGGAUCACAAACCUGAUCUUGAAUUGGAGAGGGACCGGAUUUUAAAAGCAGGAGGUUUUAUUCAUGCUGGCCGUGUCAAUGGUAGUCUAAAUCUUGCAAGAGCCAUAGGUGAUAUGGAGUUCAAGCAGAAUAAGUUUUUGCCUGCUGAGAAGCAAAUCGUUACUGCUAAUCCAGAUAUAAACAUUGUGGAGCUAUGCGAUGAUGAUGAUUUUAUAGUGCUCGCCUGUGAUGGUAUUUGGGACUGUAUGUCGAGCCAGCAACUUGUAGAUUACAUACAUGAGCAGUUGCAUUCUGAGACAAAACUUUCUGCUGUGUGUGAAAGAGUAAUGGAUAGGUGUCUUGCCCCAUCUACAGCUGGAGGAGAAGGAUGUGACAACAUGACGAUGAUAUUGGUGCAGUUCAAGAAACCAAUCAAAGGUGAGAAUGAAGAGUCUGCAGUGCCUGAAGAAGUUGCCGGUGGAUCACAAUCUGCAGAGAACACAUCAUGAUUUGAAUGACUGCAUUUCCUUGGGCCGACUGCACUUUCUAAAACUCUAUUCAGAAACCUUACUCUGCAGCCCUGUACAUGAUUUUUGCCCCGAGUGACGUCUAAAGAUUAUACUUUCGGUCUAGGGUAUCUUCAUUCUUGCUCAUUAACCAGUGAUGCAAAGAUGUACAGAUAAUCCGGAACAUCCAAGGGUAGGCUGUAGUGAGUGAUAUAAGGUCUCUGAAAUGAUCUCGUCGUCUAAAUUCAUUAGUCUUUUUUCUUUCUGUCAUGGUUGGUUGGUGUGGCCUGUGGCCAGGGCUUCUGGAAAACCUAGUCCUGACCCAAAACUAAUCCUCCCAGGGUACCCUUGCUGCGAGAGCUAAUGAUAACCAUACCAAAAGAUAUUUCUUGUGCACCUUUUUUUUUUUUUUUUGGUUAUAAGGUCUCUUCGUUCUUAGGAUAAUCAUAGCAAUUGGAAAUGCUGAAUGUUUCUUGAACCCUCGCCCGAUUAACUUGUUGGCUUAUUGCAUCGCUCUUGGCUCAACGCCCACAUAUAUUCUUGAUACCGGUAUACCGGACCCAGAGAUCUUCCUCAUUGUCCAACGGAGAUUUGCCAGAGUCGAAAACUAUACAAGACUUGAAACCAUGGAGAAGAGUAUCGUGUUCAAGGGUUCCUAAAUUUUUACCCGCGCACGUUAAUCAUCAGCUGUGGCAAGAAACCUAGCUGGAUUGAUAUUGAUGUUUCCGCAGCUUCAAUCAUCUGGAUUCCAGAUUUACAGACAACCAGACUCCUACCGUGCAAAUAUAUUUGAUCAAUUGUGAAUCUUUGGUAUCGGUCAAGUAUUGGAGCGACGUGAUUACGCUAAACGUCAGCUCUUCAUCGAACUUUUUAACCCGGAAGGGUUUCAUGCAGUGUUUUGAUACAUUUAGAGCUGAUUCGAAUUCAAGACUUGAGGUGGGUUUCCUUCCACGUUCAUCAAUUCUAAAAGUUCCGAAGGGUUUUGAUUUUGAAGGAUUUCAUCGGAGCCAACACAUAAAU